AUUAUUUCAUUUUUUUUUGUUUUUAUUGUAUGUUAUGUUGUUUCAUUGUAAUUUUGACCCAAUGCAAGCGAUUGGAUAUUGAAUAUUUUCAUUCAUUAGAGUUGGGUCAACUGCGUUUUAUUUGAAACUAAAAUUUUUUUUACUUUAAGUUCGUCGUACGUUGCAAAAAUUUGAGUGAUCUUGGUGAAAACGUAAUUUGCAAUACUAUCCCUAACUACGUAUAGUAGGUGGUACGUAUUUGUGCGAAAUGGAAGACCCACCGAGCUCAAGUAGUUACUCAUUGGAUUCAAGUAGCACAACCAAGUCCAUAGUUAUUCCGAUUGGUCCACUUUCACCUUAUUCUGGUGAUUUUGGUGAAUACUUCUCUGAACAGUAUUCUGUUCUCAAGUUAGUUUUGUCUUAUCUUAACUAUUAUGAUCUUAAUACACUUCGCGAAGUCAAUUGUUCUUUGAAAAUAGCUACUGACAUACUAUUAAAGAAACGAACAUGGAUUCAAGCUGCUUCUCUAAAUUAUAUGCACGGAACUGAUCAUCGACCAGAGCCAAUACACAGCGGACAUUUUAUUGAUUUAAGAAUUGAACCAAAAGUAUUGUUUACUUUUGAAGGUAUGGCUGGUGGACCUUCCUCUAGAUCCAGGCCAAAAAUUUGUAUGCGCUUACGUGAUAGGAACGAUAACCGUUUCUUUCCCAGAAGUGACAUAGUGCCUAAAUCAGUUAAGACAUUUGUACCAAUUGGCGCUAAAGGUAUUAUUUAUCCAGACAAGAAUGAAAAAAAUGAAUUGAUAACUGUUCAGACGAUGAUGCAUAAAAAAUUGGCACUUCUCUAUUUGCCUACAACUGACAGUUAUGAUGUAAGUGUAUUUACUCGUGUAGUUACAUCUGACUCGUUUAUACAAGAACCAAUACGUGAAUUUUUUCAUAGUGAUCCACGUCCCAUAAGAGGGAUAAUAUUUUUAAAAGUCGGAGCACCACAUAUCGAUGGAAUGAUAAGGUUUAUUGUGAAAAUGGUAUCUAACAAUCAGUCUGAGCCAUUUGCGUUAUCUGGAGGACAUGUAUCAAGCUUAGAUUAUGAUAAUCCACCAAAAAAAAAUAUUCCUGGUGUUUUGAAGGCAAUUAUAUUUCGUGGAAAUGGUAUACGUUGUGUGUCAGAUUUCAUUGGCUCUACAACGGAUGAUGGAGUGCUUGAGGGAUUAAAACAUACUGCACUGUAUGUUAACAAAACUUUUGGAAAAUUGAACAUUCAUAAGACAUUCAUAAUGAUGUUCCAGUGCGUAGAUAGACAUUCAUUACCCAUUGAAGAUAAUACUCAUCUUGCCAAAACAUUUCCAAAUAUCCCAAUUUUUGGUAUGCAAACUUGGGGAGAAAUUGGGUUUAGAUCUUUUAAAACACAUGAAUUGAAAUUUGCUCCUAAAAAACGAAAAUUAUCCAUAAUGCAUUCAGUCAAAACCACAUACAUGAUUGUUUCUAUAGAUUAAUAAUAAUAAUAUUAUAUUAAUACCUUAUAUCAUUGAUUAUAAAUACUACAGCUCGCUCACUGCGUUACAAAAAACUUAGAGCUGAAUAUACUAGCUAUCCCGGUGUUUUUAUCCAAAACUUACUAGGCGGUCUUAACCUGGCUGCCAAGUCAGUUAAUUCUAGUGUGGAUAACAACACCAGGAUCACUAGUAAAUUCAGCUCUAAGUGUUUUGUACCACAGUGAGAAAUCUAUAGUAUUUUUAUCAACGCUAAUAUUAAUUUUACUUUUAAUAUUUUUAAGUAUUUUAAUAAUUUAAUUUUUCUUUGUUUUUAUUUUCUUGAU